CAACGCCGACAACCUCCGACGCCGCCUCCUUCUCUUCCCCGGCGAUGGGAGACCUCCGCCUACGACUGAACCAGACACAGAGGGUCCGCCUCGAGGCCGCACUCCACGAGAUCCAGACCCUCGCCCCCGCCGCCGCAGCCGCAGCCGCCGUCACCUUUGCGGACAACAUCCCCGUCAACCCCGAGGACAGCAUCCUCAAAGGGCAUGGCACGUCUGAUCAGGAUGGGGAGGUCGUCGCGACGGUGUGCGGCGUGGUGGAGCGGGUCCAAAAUCUCGUCUGCGUGAGGGCGCUCCGGGCAAGUGAAUGGAUUAUUGUAGUGCACGCUCUCAUUUUUCUCUUGGACCUUUUGAGGUAUAAGCCACAGAAAGGGGAUAUCAUUAUUGGCCGAGUCAGUGAGAGACGGAGAACUGAUGUUGAUGAGCUUAAUAUGCGGAGUAUACUUGAAGAAAAUGACCUUGUUUGUGCUGAAGUUCGUCAUAUCCAACAUGAUGGAUCUCUUGACCUACAGCCAAGGAGUCAAAAAUAUGGAAAGCUUCAGAGGGGUCAAUUGCUCACAGUACCUGCCUAUUUGGUAAAACGGCGAAAGCAGCAUUUCCAUCAUCUUGAGCAAUAUGAUGCCGAUUUGAUUCUUGGUUGCAAUGGAUUCAUCUGGGUCGGCGAGCAUGUCGUGGUGGAUGAAGAGACUAACUCGAAUGAAGAACAACAUAAGUUGAGCAUGGAAGUGGAGGCUUUUACCCCACUAGCAACUAGAAGGCACAUUUGCCGGCUUGCCAAUGUGGUGCGCAUGCUUUCAGCCCUUGGAUUCACUCUGACCGUUGAACUGAUAAUCCAGACCGUUGAAGCAAGUCUAGCAUCAAACAUCGAGAUAAACAACAUGCUCGGAGCUCAAUUUUAUGUCCAGACAGCGGAGAGAGAGGCCAAGCGUCGAGCGGAUCUCUCGAGAAGGAUGAAUGGGCCAUGGUAAAAUGCAGCUUGGCCUUGCCUGCCUGGCUGAUUUGUAGAGUAACAGUACCUGACCUAUAC